UCUGCCCUGUCUGCUGGCCCUUCUCCUGUCCCUACCCUCGCAUCCUCCUCACAGGCAAGCGACCCUACGUGGAGUGCCGGCACUCAAGUCGAUGUCUAUGUCUCGUGCAUGCCCUCAGGCAAUCUCUUUGCUCAAACCGCUCUGGGCGGUGCCUUCACCCUUAGUCUGAUCGAUCAGAGCCAGAACGCCAUCGCCAUCGGCAGUGGAAACCUGCCUGCCAACAUCCCCUCACCCAUGAUCCAGAACACCAUCACGGCCUCGAUCCCGUCCAACAUUCACACGGGGGUCUAUGUGCUGCGACUGUGUCUCACCGCCGACUCGUGCAAGACCAAAUCCGAUGCCCCGUUCGUCGUCCCCGUUAGCGGCGUGGCUGUUGUAACCGGAACAUCGCAGGUGGUGGUGCCGACGGGGACAACAGCGCCUCCAGUGAAUCCGACGAUUCCCACAGCAUCUCCAACCUCACCGCCUGACACUCCAAGCAACACCGGUAGCGUUAACAUCGCUGCCGUUGCUGGGGGAGCGGUUGGGGGCGUCGUGCUCCUCGGACUGGCCAUCUUUGGCGGAUACCGCUUCAUGAAGCGCACACCCUCAAGCGUGGGCAAAAACAGCGCCAUGUCAAUGGGGCCAUUGCCACCCAAGCUUUAUGGCGAAGACAAAUCCGGCGUGCCUCCGUCCUGGAGCAACCCGUCGCUUUCGCUCGACAUGUCUCGCUCCAGCAUGGAGACGGUAUCGCAGGUUCACGAUGAGGCCCGCUUGAUUCCGUUGCCGCCACCGCCGCCGGCCUUCCAAUCGGCCAGGCUUCAAGAGACCCCUCACCAGCAAGCCCCUGCUGUCCCGGUUAACCAGCCGCAGACAUCGUUUGGGCAACGACAGCUCCUGCAGGACCUGUACGCCACACCUCAGCGGCCGACUGCCCCAUAUCAACCUCAGCAGCAGGAUCUGGGUGGUUACGGUGCGUGGGCUGGAAGUGGCAGCCAGUUCCCCAUGCCAACCACGGCGCAGCCGUAUGCAGCCAGCGGCCUGGCCAAGUCGGGACAAACGCUCAUGUCCACCAACGCAACCAAUGUCGCACCAGUCCAGCCUCAACUUCAAUCGCCGUCUCAGCCGCAACCGCCGUCACAGUCGCUUCCAUCUCAGCUGUGGGCUCCUAAUCAAUUCAUCGCCCAAACGCAGUUCCAAUCCCAAUCCCAAUCUCAAUCCCAAUCUCAAGCCCAGCCAGGACCUCAGUCGCGGUAUCCAUUCCAACCCGCUCCUCAGCCUAGUCAAGUACCCUCGGUUUACCUUGCCUCUUUUACGACGGCACCAGCGACUACGCAAACCUCCGCAAGCAGUUCGGUGCCGUCCAAUUUGUUGUCUCUUCUACCCAGCCAACCACUACUGGAGCCCACCCGCAACAUUAGCGCCAUCAAAGAGCCCUCACGCUCCGUCUCCAGCUCGGUUGUUUCGCCCACUCGCACAAACCCAUACCCAAUUCUCGACUCGCUGCAGCCCUUGAGCCCUCUGCGUCCGACAACCUUUGGUUCGUCGAUCCCUCAGCCCAACGUCGUAGCUCCAGCAACGAUACAGCCGGCCCCGCAGUUGAUACCUGCCUCCCUGGCAGCCACAACCAAUGUCCAGACUGGUGGCCCCAAAAUGGCCACCGCGCCGGUCAACGGUCAACACGCUUCCCAAGGCAUGCUGGAGAGUAAGCCCACCCCACCCAGUGGCCAACGCCCGGUGAUCCCUCCACUUCACCCCGGCAACCUCAACAGUAGCAGUGCUGUUGGUAGCGCUAGCAUGGCAUCAUCCCAGGCCCAGGCUCAACCGAUCGCAGCGCCGCCGCGUGCAAAGAAGGUCCUCAAGGUGGCCACGGUUGUAUCGUCGGGCGGAGGCUCGAUCAAGUCGGCCCAGCCACUCAGUGCCGGCCCCAAGUCAACUUCCAACGAAAAGGCCCUGGGCUCGAUGCCGGCCAAGACUCUGACCAGCACGUCCUUACAUGGACAGGGGUUGGUGGUACCGGGCACAACAGGUGCAGCUUUGACUGUGGGCAGUCAGCCAGCCAGCGCCUGUGCCAAUACCGAUGAACAGCUGCCACCGAAACGAUACUCGUCGUCCCAGCUGUCAGUAUUCCUGGCGACACCCACAAGUGCCGAGCCGGCCAACGCAACCGACACAUUCUCUGCCCCCGGGACGCUGCCACCGGCUUUUACCGGUAGUGCCGCAGUGCCUGGGGCGACUCAGAUCCAAGGAAGCGCCGACAAGACUGUGAUGCGUGGACGACAAGCCGAAGCUGGCGACGAACUGAGCAUCCGCCUCGGGGAGGCUGUGACGGUGCUGGUCUCCUUUGACGACGGCUGGAGCUGUGUGCGCAACCAUGCCGGCAUGGUCGGUGUCGUGCCCACCAGCUACCUCGGUUGAGUCGUGCACCGGGGCGACUACGGCCACCGCAAUCGAGCACCUCAUCCUCCAAACCACCUCUGUUGUUGUUCUUCUCUCUUGCAACGAUGCCUCUUUUUAAUUUCUUUCCUGCUCGCUUCCUCCCCCCGCCUCUGUCGGGAUUGUUGGCACUGUCUUUGGUACUAGAUGCCAUCCCCACUCGUCAUUCCCAGUCGUCACUGGCAGCGCCAUCCGUGCGCUCAAUUUGUCUUUCGUAUGUGUCCCCCCCCCCUCUUAGCACUCCAGUAUUUUGGAAACAAUGUGAUUCCCCCACUCCUGCGCUCUGUACUACAGAUCUUCCAACUAAAUGAUGAAUCCACAUGC